ACGUAGAGCACAACGUGACCACACACAGGCUCUCUCUAUCCUGCCAGGGCUGCAUACACACAUACACACACACACACAUCUACACACACAUACACACACAAGCCAGCCAGUUAUCUGCACCAUCCCACCUCAACCACCACCCAGUGCCCUGUGGGAAGAGCCAGAGAGAGCAGGUAGAUAAUGAGGCGAGCUCCACAGUAGGACCUCAUCCAUCCUGUGCAUUAUCCCCUGUGCACGACCUCAUUCAUCCUGUGCUUUAUCUCCAGAGCAGGACCUCAUACAUCCUGUGAAUUAUCUCCAGACCAGGACCUCAUCUUCUCAAGGCAUUUUUUGCAGUGCAGGACCUGAUCCAUCGUUUGCAUGAGCUCCGUGCCUGGACCACUUAUACACUCUGUGUGCUAGCUCUAAUCCAGGACUUCAUUCGUCCUGUGCGCUAGCACCAAAUCUGAGCCCACCCUGUGCAAUAGAUCCAAACCUGAGCACCUUCCAUCUUUGGGCAUUUGCUCCACUGCAGGACCUCACUAAUCCAGUGUACUAGCGCCAAACAUUGGACCCCUGCAUCCCUGUGGACAAGCACCAAAUCUGAACCCAAUCCAUCUUGUGCACUAGCACCAAACCUGGACCCAAUCCACGCUGUGGACAAGCUCCAAACCUGGACCCAAUACAUCUUGUGCACUAACUCCAAAUCUAAACCUUAUCCACCUUAAGCCCUAGCUCAAAACUAGGACCUUGAUCCAGCUUGUGCACUAGCUCCAAAACUCGACCAUUCACCCUGAGCACUAGGACUUUGUCCACCUAGAGUAGCUGUGCCCCAGAUCUACCAGGAUAGCGGCAGUGUAAGGGACCCACGUAGUCUAGUCUCUGGAUUCCGUCACUGCAUCCUUUAAACCAAAUGACAAGAAUAUUAAUAUAUGCUGCAAUCCCGACCCCUUCCUGCCAGGUUUAGCGCUGGUUGUUAGCUCAAUUUGCAUUUCCUGCAGCUGGGAUUGGUCCUCUGCUCUCCUCAGAUUCAUUCAUACUUUGAAGGGUCUUCUGCUGCCUGAGCCUUGGUCAUCAUGUAUGUGGUUUGAUGGCAUCUGGUUGGAUUGGAGGAGUAGGAGUAAUCUCACACGCUAGUCCCUACUCCACACAUAUUAUCUCUUACACACUACAUUAGACUAUAGUCUUCUUCAGCACAGCAGACACCCCUGCUUUGCUCCACUUACAAGCCUGGAUGUGGGAUUUUGCUUUGCAAUGGCAACUAAUGGGAUGGAAGAAAGCAGAUCUGGAGCGAUUUGGCAGGGCUGCGAUCAGGAUGAUCUCUUAAUUGUCCUCCAGGGAUAAUCAAGUGUUACUAUACUUUUUUAUUAAAAACCUACAGAACAGGAACGUUCUUGACCAGGAGAGCCAGGAACCUCUGAGCAUCAUUUCUUCUGAUUCUACGGGAUAUCCCCUUCUCACCAGAGGAAAAAGAAGAAACCAUGCCUUUUUCUUGUUAAAUAACAGCAAUACUGCCUUCUAUUGUCAUUUUACACCUUAAUCUGCCGGUUCUACUGUGUUCUACCCAGUGGUCACCAGCAAUUUGGAAUCUAUAUCAGGACCUCCGGGUAACUUGUAGGUCAGUGGUCUUUGGAAGGUCCUGUUGUGUCCCUGUGGAUAUGUCCAUGUAUGCGUGAAGAUGGAUUUAAGUUACGGCGUCUUGUGGCUAUUGUCAGUUCUUCUGGAGGACAUUUCUAGUCAAGGGGUAUAUGCUCCACCCACUGUACGCAUUAUUCAUUCGGGCCUGGCCUGUAACAUUGAAGAAGAACGUUACUCGGAAAGAGUUUACACGAUAAGAGAAGGGGAGACGCUUGAAUUGACCUGUUUAGUGACAGGACACCCCAGACCACAGAUCAGGUGGACUAAAACAGCAGGAAGCGCUUCUGAUAGAUUUCAAGACUCCAGUGUUUUCAAUGAAACGUUGAGGAUUACAAAUAUCCAAAGACAUCAAGGUGGACGUUACUACUGCAAAGCUGAAAAUGGACUGGGAUCUCCUGCAAUAAAGUCUAUACGAGUGGAUGUAUACUAUUUGGAUGAUCCCAUUGUGACUGUACAUCAAAGCAUCGGUGAGGCGAAAGAACAAUUUUAUUAUGAGAGAACUGUUUUCUUACGGUGUAUUGCUAACUCCAAUCCACCGGUUCGAUACAGCUGGAAACGAGGGGAAGAGAUACUGCUGCAAGGAUCUGAUAAAGGUGUAGAAAUCUAUGAACCGUUCUUCACCCAGGUAGGAAUAAAGGGUGAAACUAAAAUUUUGAAGCUGAAAAAUCUACGACCUCAGGAUUAUGCCAAUUACAGCUGUAUUGCUUCUGUAAGAAAUGUCUGCAACAUUCCCGACAAGAUGGUAUCAUUCAAGCUCUCCAAUAGAACAGCUCCCCCAUCGAUAAAACUCUUGGUGGAUGAUCCCAUAGUAGUUAAUCCCGGUGAAGCGCUUACUUUAGUAUGUGUUACGACAGGUGGAGAGCCAACACCAACUCUAACAUGGGUCAGAUCAAUUGGAAUGCUUUCAGAAAAGACUAUACUAAAUAGUGGAACAUUAACCAUACCAUCAAUUACAUCAGAAGAUGCUGGGACUUAUAGUUGUAUUGCCAAUAACAAUGUUGGAAAUCCAGCAAAAAAAUCCACAAGCAUUAUUGUAAGAGCUUUAAAAAAAGGACGUUUUUGGAUCACACCUGACCCAUACCACAAAGAUGACAAUAUCCAGAUAGGUCGUGAGGUAAAGAUUUCCUGCCAAGUUGAAGCCGUUCCAUCAGAAGAGUUAACAUUUAGUUGGUUUAAGAAUGGUCGCCCAUUAAGGAGUUCUGAAAGAAUGGUGAUCACCCAGACCGACCCUGAUGUUUCUCCUGGAACCACAAACCUGGAUAUCAUUGAUUUAAAGUUUACAGACUUUGGGACCUAUACUUGUGUGGCAUCGCUAAAAGGAGGAGGGAUUUCAGACAUCAGCAUUGAUGUUAAUAUUUCUAGUAGUACAGUUCCACCAAUCCUUACUAUACCCAAGGGCAAAUCUCCAAUGGUGAGCAGAGAAGGAGACACCAUAGAGUUACAAUGUCAAGUUUCUGGCAAACCCAAACCUAUUAUUAUGUGGUCUAGAGCGGAUAAGGAGGUUCCCAUGCCUGACGGAUCCAUGCAAAUGGAAAGCUAUGAUGGGAUAUUAAGAAUUGUAAAUGUGUCCAGAGAAAUGACGGGAAUGUACAGAUGUCAAACAAGUCAAUACAAUGGAUUUAAUGUCAAACCCAGAGAGGCUUUGGUUCAGUUAAUUGUGCAAUAUCCACCAGCAGUUGAACCAACAUUUCAGGAGAUCAGGCAAGGCUUGGGACACAGCGUUACAAUGAAUUGCAGAGUUUUGAGAGCUUACCCCACUCGAGUUCUUAUGUAUGAAUGGAGGUUGGGGAGUAGAUUACUAGAUAAAGGACAAUUUGACUCUCAAGAUUAUACAGAGUUUACAGUGACUAUCAAUGCCAAGGAGCAUUAUGGAACUUAUAACUGCAGCAUAAUAAACGAAGCAGGGGCUGGUCGAUGCAGUUUCCUUCUUACAGGUAAAGCCUAUCCUCCAGAGUUUUAUUACGACACAUACAACCCUCUUUGGCAAAACAAAGCUCGCAUUUACUCCUAUAGCUUGCAAUGGACCCAAAUGAAUCCAGAUGCUGUCGAUCGAAUACUGGCAUACCGUUUGGGACUCAAACAGGCAGGCCAACAGCGCUGGUGGGAGACUGAGAUUUCUGUUGAAGGAAACAUUAAGAAAGGAGAAUUAAUUACAAACAACCUUACAGAGCUGGUAAAGCCGGAACCCUAUGAAAUUCGACUGACUCCAAUCAACAGAUUUGGGGAGGGGGACUCAGCUAUUCGUUUAAUUAAAUACAGUGCACCAAUCAAUCCACAUUUACGGGAAUUUCACUGUGGUUUUGAAGAUAAUAACAUCUGCUUGUUCACCCAAGAUGACACAGAUGUAUUUGAGUGGACAAAACAAAGUGCAAGCACAAGAGACACUAGGUAUACUCCUAACACAGGACCCACUACGGAUGCCGCAGGCUCCAAACAUGGAUUCUACAUGUAUAUAGAAGCAUCCCGUCCUCGAAUGGAUGGAGAUAAGGCUUGUCUUCUCAGUCCUGUUUUUAAUAUAGCCCAGAAAAACCCAUAUGGAUCGAGUAAUUCAGCAUAUUGUUUUAGUUUCUUCUAUCAUAUGUAUGGAAGACAUAUAGGGGCAUUAAAUGUAUUACUUCGAUUGAAAGGACAAACUAACACUGAAGUCCAAAUAUGGUCUGCAAAUGGUAAUAAAGGAGAGCAAUGGCAUCAGGCUCGUUUAAAUAUACAUCCUACCACUUCCUUUCAGCUAAUAUUUGAAGGUGUUCGUGGGCAUGGCAUAGAAGGUGACAUUGCUAUAGAUGAUAUCUCAAUUGUAGAAGGAGAGUGUACAAAAGUAGAUCAACCAGCAACAAUUCCACCAUCUGGAGUUCUUGGGACAUUAGUACAUAUAUGGUUGUAUCCAAUUUUCCUUUUACUGUCUGUUUUAAGUCAUCAAAGGUGACCAUAUACCGGCAGAGGCUACAAAAGAUUCAGUAGGAACUCGUAUGAAGAAAGAGUCUUUGUAAACGGACAUCUUAGAAACAAACUACCAAAGAUUCCACAACUAGGGCACUGGGAAUUAUUGGAAAAUUGGAUAUAUGUUAUUUCAAACUUUACACGACCCCAGAAAAUCAGGAGAUCCUACAGUGCUUCUAUGGUUAUAAUGAAAACAGUGUCUGAUUACCCUUUCUCUAUAAAAAGGAGUUCUGAAAAUCCUUGUCAAAGCACAACGUCAUGGCUGGUUUUGUUUCAAAUGAAUAGAGUUUACUUGUUACCAUGGACACCUAAUGGCCUGCCAACCUAAACCUCACAGUUAACAGGGUACACGAAGAGCUGGCAUUUAUUUUAAAUCCAAGAAGGUUUUGAGUAUGGAAUACAAUGAAAUAGCCUUUUUUGCCUUGGCUGCCACCAUUUCUAAUCUCAAACCACAGUAGAAUAAGUGCAUCAUUUUAUCAAAGCUUUGCCAAUGAAAAGGGAUGCUUAUGCCCUUUUUUGCAUGCUUUUAUCUCCAAGCAGAGCAGCCAGUCUACAAGCUCCACCUGGCUACGGGAUCUUGUUUCUUACCAUCAUUGAGACCAAGUCACAAAGUCAUCUGUUGUGAUUGAGAAACCAAACCAUCACCUUUUGUAAAUUGCCAGGAAACUAAGUGCCUUCAAUUAAACAAGCCUGAUUAAAAAAAAAUGCUAGCUAAACGAGCUUGCACUGCUGUGAGUGGUUCAUGGAAAAGUGUUAAAAAAAAUAAAAAAAAGAUAAAGAAAAAAACUAUUUUAUAAUCAACCUUCAACCCACAAGAAAGAACCACAGGCCAGAUGAGAAAUAUGCUAUAUGAAGAACAUGGACUUAAGUAGCCACAUAAACUAUUUGAACACAAUUUUCGUUCUUUCACAUUUUAAAACAGCCAUGGCCUUCUUGUCUAGUAUCUUAUAUCUUAAUCUACAGUUGGAGGAAGCAACUUUUCAGAUUACUAAAUACUUGAUGUAGUUUGAGAAGUUGCCAGAUUUCUCACAGACUAUUUAUUUUGUUUUUGCCUUUUUUAGGAAAAUCAUUUCUUACUCUUAUCUACAUUUGAAAUGAAAUCAGUCUGAUUGUCAGAAGAAAAAAAAACAUGAGAACUGAAGACUGCAGCGUGUGUGACCUUAGGGUCUGAAUAAUAGUCUUCGUUUUAAAAUUCUAAGGUUAUACGCCUCUGCCCAAUAAUCAGACUAUGUGCAGCCAUAGUAUUUUAUUUUGGCAAGUUUGAAAAAAGAAAACACAAUUUUGCAUAAAACUGUAAAAAUGACUGAGCUACCUGAUUAAAUAUCAUACCUUUACCAGCCACUUUUUCAAUGCAUUGUACCUGUCCCUUAUAUUGUUGGCUAUGAAUAUUUGAUUUUUUUGGUUUAAAUUAUCUAAACACUUAACUUCAUUUAAAAAAAUAAUUUUGUCUACAGAUUAUUAUUCUCUUAUGUUCUCUAAAACACCUGAUGGUUAAAAAUGUUAUGCAAGAAAUUUGGCUAAAAUACAAAUAAAAAUCUAUAUUAUCUCAGAAAAUAUUGAAAUAAGAAGCACAAGGCAAUGUAGUACAAACAAUGACCAGGUUUGAUUUUUUUUUUAAUUUUAUUUUCAAUUCUGUAGUACUGUUUGUGCAGUUUCAGUUAUUCAACUGGAAAAAAAAACUCAAUACUUUUACAGCUAUGUUCAAUAAAGCCUA